AUGGAGCAGGAGCCAGAAACCCCGGCCUCUGGGUCGCCCUUGUCAGAUAUCGACUCAGAUGAAUUUCCCGAAGACGUCAAAUUCCACCGCAGAUCGCGUUCUCAUUCACGGGACUCUACUAUCUCUGCCUCAGACGACGAGACCGCAUCCGCUAUGAGUGCUACGGCGACAGCCCUGGACAUGCCUCCCGCCAAACGUCGAAAGACGGGGGCUUCAAGCUACGAUCAUGCCACCCCUCAGUCAGCUUCGACCAUCAUCCCUCCGCGCUCGCCAACGGGGUCAAUAUCAAGCGAUUCUUCAGGCUCGGUGCCUACGUCGCCUUCAUUUGCCCACCUGGGUCCUACCCAUCCCUUGUCGACGGCGUAUGCAGCAGCGCAAGCCAACCCUGAAAAUCCCGAAAUGGCAGACUACGUCCAAGUCACGAGGUGUCUCUGGGAUGGUUGUACCGAUCAAGAGCAAGGCAACAUGGACAACCUGGUUGCUCACAUCAGCGACGUCCACAUCGUGCCACGGCAGAAGAAGUACUACUGCGAAUGGGAAGGUUGCGCUCGCAAGGGCCAGCCGCACACGAGUGCCUACGCAUUGAAAGCUCACAUGAGAAGCCACACGAAGGAAAAGCCUUUCAUGUGUGCUCUGCCUGAGUGUGACCGUAGCUUCACCCGGUCUGAUGCCCUUGCAAAGCAUAUGCGUACGGUCCACGAGACCGAGGCUUUACGCCCGAGUGAUCCGGUGCCUAGGGGACACACUGGCGGCAUUUCGAACGGGGGAUCUUCUGGGAUUCCGAUCAAAAGGCUGAAGCUGACGAUGGGGGGUAAGACGAAUGGCGACAAAAAGGCUACUCUGGUCGGAGAAUUGCCCUCUCUCCCAACGAGGCACACAGUCUCUUUGAUGGGAAUCAAUCCCGAUGAUGUUGCAAUGGCGGACGAUGAUGGAUCAGAAGAGCUUGUGGACGCAGUCGACGUGGAUAGUGUUCCGUUGUCUCUGCCCCUUGCUCCAGACUACUACCCGACCGAUAUUUGGGAUGACAUGGACGAAUACGAACGCGGUCUUCCUCCCUCACAAUGGUUCCGGCUCUUGCGUCGACAAAUACACUGGGCUGAACAAGAAGGUCGCGACCUACAGCAGGAAUUGGAAGAUCUACGGGCGACAACGGAAGACGCCAAGGGAAACCCGGUCCGACGGGGCAUGGGAGACGAAAAGGGGGCCGAUGAGAACAGGAGGCUGGAGUGGCUGCGGUCGGAGGAGCUAUUGGACGCCGUGUUACGAGCUGAAGUUGGCCAAGUUUUGGCCAUGUUCACUGAUGAGAAGGUCAACGAUGAUCAAAACCCGUGGGAAUUGCUCAAAGGCCUGGAGGCGCUUACAACCACCGCGGUCUCGGCAGCUUCAGUAUCAUGA